AUGACACCAGUCAGGCUGAUGCGCACGCUUUUGCCAUCACGCCUGCUUCGCACCAAUAAUGCCACUCCUACCCUGAGGCUCGCGGCAGCAUCGCCAAAAGCAAUACCAUGCCGCGAUCCUAGGAGCUGCUUAAGCGAAUGCCGAUGUUUCGCGCAAGUCAAUGACAUCGAUCGCAUCAACCGCGAUGUGUGGUUCACUAGCUCGGUGCCACGAUAUAGUCUGUCGGAACAACAAGGCGGCCACAGACCACCGGACGAGAGGACGCUUCAGCUUGGAAAGACAGUCAGAGCGCUACACGAGCGACUACCAACACUACUGCAGUCGCCGCUCCCUGGUGAUAUCCUGUCACCUCAAAUCACACUCCACCUCUUCCCAUCGACACAUCCUCACCUGCCGACUGUAUCAGGUAGGAUAGCAUACAAUGCAGCAUUAUGGACGGCACCGGUAGCUUGGGGAAGGGUGCCUUUGGUCGGCAACGUCAAGCUCACGAUCUUGUCCGAGCGUAUGGUACGCAACGGUGGCAGCAACGUUCCGCUAGCGAGCAGAGACGAGAAGCUUGUAGUCAAAUGGAAGACGUGCGGCAAGACACGACAUCGUGACCCAACAGGCGGAGUCUACAAAGAAGGUAGCAUGCAGAACAGAGAUCCCAUGGACAAGAUCAGGGAUUUCAUCACUGGUGCAACUUCAAAUAGUGCGCUCGAGCAAGAAGGAAUGGCACGAAAGGCGCAAGCAGAAGAGGAGCAAGAAUUCUGCGGCAUCUUCGUCUUCGAAUUCGACGAGAAGGGUAGGAUUGUGAAGCACACUAUCGAGCAUACGGAUGAGGGUGGCCACUGGGAUCACAUGACCAGGGUAGUCUCAGUCACAGACUGGUUGAUUGGGAGGAUCAAUGGGAGGGGCAAGGAGCAAGUGCCGGAGCUUGCAUGGUGUGAGGAACGGCCUACGGGUGGUAGGAUAGUUGCUGUUGAUAGGCGACCACGAUUUGUAUGA